AUGCUUCUCUCAACGGACCAACAACAAAAGCCUAACAGCCUCGUCUUCGAGGCAAAUGGAAAUGGGAGUCAUGGAAUGACUGACGAGGAUGAUGCUUCAACAGCCGUCGAGUCAUCCGUUCCUACACACCCUCUGGGGGUCAAGCCUCUAGGCAACAAGUCUGAAUUCAAAGACAAGUCCUCUUUCCAAUGGCAGGGCUCUUGGAGGGCAACUGUUCUCGGCCUCUCACCCGAGAAGCGUAUCAAGAUCGACUGCAGCAACGUUUUCUCUGACGUCUUGCAUCGUCCGUUUGUUUGCAGUCACAUCUCGUUGCCAAAGUACACGAGAAAUAUUCCGCCAGCGAACAAGAUCCCCAGUCUUGACGACCUUACCUACGAGGAGUUCGCGGAGAAAUGGAGCAAGAAGCCUUUUAUCCUCACCAGGUGCAUCCAGUCAUGGCCGGUCCUCAAGUCCUGGAAUAUGGAUACUCUACACAAGGUGUACUCGGAUGUUGUCUUCAGAGCUGAGGCAGUGGACUGGAGCUUCGACACAUACUACCAGUACAUGAUGGACAGCCAUGACGAAAGUCCCCUUUAUUUGUUCGACAAGAAGUUCGCCGAAAAGAUGAAUAUCGAGGUCGGCGAGACCAAGGAUGCGGCUUACUGGAACCCGGACUGCUUUGGAAAGGAUCUCUUCGAGCUACUCGGUGCUGAGCGGCCGGCGCAUCGCUGGAUGAUCAUCGGGCCCGAGCGGAGCGGCUCUACCUUUCACAAGGACCCGAACGCGACCAGCGCCUGGAAUGCGGUCAUUCAAGGAGCCAAGUACUGGAUCAUGUUCCCGCCAUCAGCCCAGGUCCCCGGCGUCUACGUUUCCGAAGACCAGAGCGAAGUCACCAGCCCUCUCAGUAUUGCGGAGUGGCUCCUCGAGUUUCACGCAGAAGCCCGCAGACUGCCCGAAUGCAGAGAGGGCAUUUGCCACGCAGGCGAGAUCCUCCACGUCCCCAGCGGCUGGUGGCAUUUGGUUGUGAACCUUGAGCCCGGCAUCGCCCUCACUCAGAACUUUGUGCCAAAGGCACAUUUGUCGGACGUGCUAUCUUUCUUGAAGUACAAGGCCGAUCAGAUUUCGGGAUUCAAGAAAGAGGUCGAGGAUCCGUACACGCUCUUUGUUGAGCGUUUAAGGGUCGAGUAUCCUGAGCUGCAGGAGGAGGCUGUGAAGCAGAUGGAAGAGAAGCAGGGAAUUAAGAAAAGGAGAUGGGAUCAAGUGGUCGGCCAUGAUAGCGCCGACGGCGGACCAGAGCAGAAGAAGGGCGGAGGUUUCUCCUUUGCCUUUGGCUUCGGCGAUGAUAUCGACGAGGAGGAUGAAAUUCCUUAA